AUGGCCGAGGAAACCGAGAAUCUGAUCUUAGCGCAAGAGUACAAAAUUGGUGUUCUCAAACGCGUGCUCAUCAACUACAAGAAGCUCCCGAAGGCGAGCGUGACGGUGCCGACGAUCCAGAGCCGCAUCUCCCAGCUGAAGGAGCUCUGGGCCGCCUGUAGCAGCCAACACGUCCUGCUGUUGCAGACCGCUACGUCCGGGGAGCUAAAGGGCCUGCCCUACUUCGUGGACAACGUCCACGAUAAUCCUGGAAGCCAAGGACAUCUAUGCCAACACCAGCGACAUUCUACAAAACGCGCUAAUCUACCUGUGAUGAAAACGGAGAAUGUGAACGACUUACGAAAACUCCGCGAUACGGUCUCGUCGUCGUUAGCCGCGCUAAAGAAUCUCGAUCGUCCGGUAAAUGAGUGGGAUGAUCUGCUCGUUUAUCUUAUUGCUAAAAAGUUUAGUCCUCGCACUCGCAGCGAAUGGAAUUUGAAACGUACGGAAUUCGCCAGGCUUCCGUCUUACAAAGAUAUUAAUGACUUUCUGACUCUACGCAUUCGCGGAUUAUCCGAUCUUUCCGAUUCGCCGAAGGAUACUCGUCGUUACAAAGACGAUAAGCCGCGCUCGUCGGUUAAUAACGUCACUGCAAACAAAUGCGUUGGUUGCUCCGGAAAUCAUUCGGUUUCGAAAUCUGAUGCUACGGCAAAUUCUUCGAAGAUAAAAGCGGAGGCGCAACCAUUCACUCCGACGGCGUCCAACGCGCCAGUCGCUGCGAGCAGCAAUCAUGUCGCGAACAAACGGACCGGUCCCCCCGCGGACACGGUUCCUUCGAAUGUCCUCUUGGCAACCGCAUGGGUUGACGUUCACACGACCGAAGGCCGAAGCUUUAAAGUUCGCGCCUUACUGGAUCAAGGAUCCACUUUCAGUUUUAUUUCGCAAUCGUUCUGUCAGACGUUGCGUACAAAGCGACAACGCUCAAAUUUGCAAGUUGCGUGUUUCGGCGCGAAAUUUACAGGCGUCGCGAGAUCUCGCGUCGUGCUGACAUUAAAGCCGUGUUCCAGUGCGGAACCGGGCUUUCCGCUGCACGCCUACGUGUUUCAAAAUAUUACUUCGUACGCCGCGUCACGGACUCAGCCCGUCGAGUCGUGGCCUCACUUGCAAGGCAUCUCAUUUGCCGAUCCCGAUCCUUCAAGUCGACAUCGGAUUCACUUACUAAUCGGUGCCGACUUGUACGGUUCCUUGUUGAAAAAUGGCCUCCGGCAAGGCUCUAUUGGAACUCCUACCGCUCAAUUGACAGCGUUAGGCUGGAUUAUCUCCGGCCCCACGGGUCGCGGCCGGAUCGAAUCCGAGAAUAUUUGCGUCUGUCAUAACGUGUCUACGCACGACACGAAUUCGCUUCUCAGGCAAUUCUGGGAGGACGAGGAGGUCUAG